GUUAUGAUGACGAUCACUGGGACUUUCCGGAUACGUCACUCGGGGCUUCCGAGUUAUUAAGCUAGCUCUACCUCUGUGUUCAUGUCGUUUGACACUGUAAACGCCGCCUCGUUGCCCUGGAGUAAACACCAAAAGAGACCAUGAAAACGCCAAAGGAUCCUAACAGCACCGAAAGGUUUGAAUAUUGAGACGUUGUCGUCUGGAGCGACGGUAGGACUGAGAAGCGGAAUGUCAACAACGCGGCCCCUCCUCGGAAUGAGACGAGUCACCGAGCUAGCGUGCCCGGAGCAGCCGACCAAUAGGCUCCCUGCGUCAGCCGGGAAGCAGCAGCCAGAGACCCCUACCGUGGACGAGUUUACAGUGCUAGAGGAUAAAGAAGAUGAGCUGAAAUGUGCCAAGCCUCGAGUGGAGCAGGUUUUUAAAGUAACGUUCACCAUUAUCGGUCUGUUGGACCACACGGGACAGCCGCACGGUAGCAAAACAUCACGGCAGAUAUGGCUGCAGCUCAGGGGAAACAGAGACGACGUGUCAAAGGCAAAGGAAUAUGUCCGAGGACUCUGUGACCCAGAGCUGCAGAAAGAAGAGAGGUACCCAGUGGACAUGCACUGUAUCUUUGCUGGUGCCCGGGGCCUCUUCCUGGACAGGCUCAUACGGGACACAAGUGCUGAAGUUGUGGUGCCUGAGCCGGGCCGCCUGCGGUUGUUGGGCCGGGCCGAACCCGUGGUGAUGGCCCAGAGCAGAGUUCAGCAAUUUGUAGCACUAUUCCAGGAAAAGCGAAGUCUACCGAGCGACAGAGAGCCGGCAGUGAAACGAGCGUUCAAGUCCUUUGUGGAGGAAAGGGAUGAUAAAUACACUAUGGAGCUUCUUUUGCUGCCCAGUGCCCUGAAGGAAGAGUUACUGGGCCUGGCUCAUAGCCCCACUACCACAAACACAUCCUACCUGGUUCAGCUCAACCAGACGCUGCAUCUCGGCAUGGCAGAGGUGGACCAGGACCGCUCACAGAGCAGCACCCCUGUGACAGAACUCUCCAACCGCAUCCUGGGCACCAGCUUCGAGGAGAAAGGGACCGCAUCGAUUGGCGGCGGUGGUAAAGCAGGCGGAGCAAUAGGCUUCGGUCCCGAGGCCGUCCUGCUCAACGGCACGCGGCCCUCACACAAGCGGCGCUCGUCCGAGAGCGAGACUCGCGACACAAAGAGACAGUACUCUCUGGAGCGGAGGGACGAGUCGCCGGAGAGAGCGAGAGAGAGGGAGCGACAGAGGGACAGAGAAGGCCGGGGGGGCAGUAGCAGCUGUCGAUCCAAAACCCCCUCUGCCUCAUCGUCCCUCUCCUCCUCCUCCGGAAAAGCAAACACAGUAGUCGGUGCGAUCAUGUUUGACUCCAGUGAACUCUCAGAUGACGGGGAGGCGGUAAGCCCCGAAACCAACCUCCGCUGCUUGGUCAAUUUCUUCAGAACCAUGGGUUACCAGCAGGAAGUGGUGGAGCGUGUCGUCAAGGAGACGGGACAGACAGAAGAUACCUUCCUCGUUCUGGAGAAAAUCGUUGAGGAAACCAAGCGUUGUGAAGAGGGGUCAACAGGAUUGGGAAAAGAGAGACAAUUGAACUCUGUGCGCUCCCCAGACACUCCCUCGUCGUCGUCCUCCUCCUCCUCGUCUACGGUCUCUCGAUUCAGAGAGAAGGAGCGCGAGCUGAGCCGAGCGCUGGUGGACCCGGCCAGGUCCAAAGAGAACAUUAAGCCCAAUCAGCAUGGAGGCAGUAGCAACGGCCUGGGGCACCGGAGGCAGUGCAGCGGCAGCGAGACCAGCACGCAGCAGGCCAUCACUAUCAAGAGGAGCUCCAGUGCUCAUGGGGGAGCAGGAAGCUACGAGGUUAUUACCAUUGACGAUGACGACGAUGUCAUCCCCAUGACGAAAACAGCGGACAGUAGGACGUCCCGGAUGAUGACAGUGCCACACCUGGACAUCCAGUCAGGAUCCAGAACGGACUACCUGGCGCGGGGAGGGGGACAGCGGGACUACUUGUCGCGGGGCGGGACUCAGACUCUGGGAGGAGCAGUGAAGGUCGAGGCUGUGACAGCGCUGCGCAGCACGCCUCAAUGGCUGACCGCCACCACCACAUCCUUAGCUUCGACCCCCAGUUCAGCUCAGCCCAUCGCCCGGCCCUCGGCCUCUCCCUAUCAGACCAUCGGCCACACAGGGUUUCAUGGGUUCGGAGCCAGGGCUCCCCCUGCAAACGACCCCCCAGUCCCCCCCGUGACUGGCUUUGCUCGUUUCCAUCAGUCGCUGAGGACUCCCUACACUCUGAAGCUGCCAAACGAGCCGGGACGUCAGGAGCUCAGACACAUCAUCAUAGAUGGCAGCAACGUGGCGAUGGCUCAUGGUCUUCAUCGGUUCUUCUCCUGUCGAGGAAUAGCGCUGGCUGUGGAGACCUUUUGGAGGCGGGGCCACAGGGAGAUCACCGUAUUUGUCCCCCAGUGGCGUCAGAAGAGAGACCGACUCACAACAGAGCAACAUUUUUUAAACCAGCUAGAAGACCUGAGACUGCUCUCCUUCACUCCCUCCAGAGAGGUGUGUGGCCAGAGGAUAUCCUCACACGACGACAGGUUCCUGCUCCACCUAGCAGAAAAAACAGACGGGAUCAUCGUAACCAAUGACAACCUGAGGGACUUUGUCAAUACCUCGGACACCUGGCGCAAGAUCAUUCAAGAGAGGUUGCUUCAGUUUACAUUUGUGGAGGACCACUUCAUGAUCCCUGAUGACCCUCUUGGGAAAAACGGACCUCAUCUGGACCUCUUCCUGUGUAAAGACAACAGGAUGGCUCCAGCCACUACCCUCCCUCUGAGACCCCCAGACUUCCGGCCGUCCUUCCAGCCGCAGCAGCCGGUUUACGUCCAGGCCCUCCAUUCGGCUCCCCGGACCCCCGCCCCCACGCCCCGGCCCCCUACCUCCCUGAUGCCCCACUCCACUGCGCACUGGCCCCACUCGGGUCCACCCGAGUGGCACCCGCCCCGCCGUUCCCCUUCCCCCUCGCCCUCGCCCCCUCCCCAGCGGUCGCCGGGGGAAACGUCCGAGCUCAAGAGGAAGCUGUACGACAUCUUCCCCGACCAGAAGCAACGGAUCGACCGCAUCCUCAGCGACAACCCGUACAUGAGAGACCUGAACGCCCUGUCUGGCCUGCUGCUGGGAUAGAUGACUGGCUCAGCCCGGAGAAUCAGCAGACACACACACACACACACACACACACACAGUACAUAUGCAAGAAUAUACAUGUCACGCAUCAAAAUAAUUUAUUUUACCAUUUCUUCCAGCCUGGAGGGCAUGGGAAGUUUGAUUUUGAUUUGAAUAUAAUUUAUACACAAAGACUGAUCAUCAAACGAGCUGCUAUUGGCAAAAAAUAUUUUUUUAAUGAUCUCCCCCCCCCCUCCUCCUCUUUUGCUCUGAAAUCGAUUAAGGUGAACAACUCUGGUGUCUACAGAACCAAAAUGUUUACAAAUUGCCAUAUUUGUCAAGCAGCAAAGUCUAUAUUGUUCAGAUGGUCAUACGUUGUUGCAGGUCCCUGACAACAAUCCAGAUGUUCCUUGAAUGUGGGAGAAAAUGUUUCGGAGCAACAACAGUGAACUGGUCCCACUGGUGGCGGUCUGGCUCCAGCGUUUACCAUCAGACUCUAACACUCUGAACAUACAAGCUCUGAGCUUUUUAUGGAUAUCAUUUGUGUGUUUUUAUGUUUUCAACAUAUUAGUUAUACACUUGUUCUGUAACAGGGAAUUCACUGAUAGGCAGUACCAGGCUCUUGAACUCAAUGUCAGUGAGUAGUUUCAGCAGUCUGGAGUCGUCGACAGGAGUACCACUGGGUUUCCCCCCCCCCCAUUUUCUUGUCAGUGUACUUUGAGGAAGCAUGAUGAGAUCACUAGCUUUAGCAUCAUAAAAUCACUGUUAGUGACCGUUAAUGUUGGGUACAAAUCCCCAAAAGCCGUAUUGGCAUAGUAGACACAACUUUACUUUCAGUUUUGCAGCUAACCACAUUAAAGAAGAAACACCUUUAGGCAUGUGUAAGGUCAAGAUUUAGAAGCUAUAUAGAUGGGCAGUUAUAACUGUGUAGUUUUCAAAUUAUUUCAGACACGUCAGAUAUGUAUUAUACCUAACACACACAUAUA